AAUGGCAAGCCGCCGUCGAAAUUACUGCUUUGCACCCGGGUGCAGAACUGGCUACAGUCGCGUGAAGGAUGCACCAAAGGCGUCUUUGUUCAGCGUUCCACGUGAUGAAGGACGGCGAAAGGAAUGGGAGAGGAACCUCCACCGUGCUGAUAAGACUCUGGAUGAAUAUUGCGCGGUCUGUGAAUUGCACUUUGAACCGCGAUUUAUAAUUAGGGACUUCGUGCACCUUAUAGACGGCAAAGAGGUGCGCAUUCCUCGUGAGAAGCCACUGCUGUCAGGAAACGCUGUUCCCACGAUUCUUCCGAAUUUGCCGCAGUACCUGACGAAGACGACACCGAAGCCCAGGAACAAAAGGAAAAGGUAUGAAAGCAACAAAGCAACCGCGAAGAAAACAAGCCGACGCGCGCUGGACAAUAACCAUUCGGAGUUUUCACCGGCUGCUGCCGGCGCUUCCGAGAUAGACUAUGACUCGGCGCAAGAGGAGGGCGUUACGGCAGAGCGUCAACACUGUUUGUCGUUUCUUUUUGAUUUAAGGACUCCUUCCAAGUAUUGGAGUUCACAUCAACUCCCCGACCUUGAUGGAGUGCUUUAUUGCACGUCGACCAACCUAGAAGAAGGCGUUGUCACGUCCGAUAAAGUAGUCGUGUUCCUCUGCGACAGACAACCCGAUGUUUACUGCAAGGUAUACAUGAGGGGACGACUGAUAAAGGAACUCAGCCUGAAAUCUCAGGAACAAGCAGAGAACGUGCUGAAAAGCGUGGAAGCUACUGAACUAUGUGUUGGCGCUUUGAAUGCCAAAGAUUAUGAUGCAUGCUUUUUGACACCAGGACUCCGAAAGCAGCUCAAGAUCAGGCAUGAGUCGUACUUCAACGCCAACUGCAGUGCAAAAGUAACAGCCAAAGCAUUUGGCUUCAGCAAGAAAGUGUUGGAGGAGCUGAAACAGAAGACACAAGACAUGGACCCAUUCAAGAAGCACGGUGGGCUUCUUGUAGAUGAGCUCAAGCUCUCGGAGCAUCUAUCUGUAAAGCAAUCUGGCCAAAUCGAAGGGAGGAUCAACCGCAUCAUCUGUGUUAUGAUAUCUCGGUUCCCGGGAGAAGCCCUGAGACCCAACUCUUCCUCAACCGAAGCUCUCUCAGGUUUUUUGGAGUACCUGGCGGCUUGGGAGAAGCAUGCAGGUGGAGCUGAAGGGUUCUUGAGCGAAUCAACAGCGACUGGGCUCCGUUUUAGUGAAGACUGUAAGAUACGGGAAUGCGGAUCCAUGUGCAGUAAGUGCCUUGCUGGAUACGCAAGUGAGCAGCACCAGCUGCCUUCCCAGCAACAACUUGUGGGAUCAGGUUGA